AUGGACAAAGCUCGUCGUAUGUCUGCAAUCAGCUCAGGAGUACUUCGUAUACUGUACCAACCACCCGAGGCACUGAAAAAUCGCGAAGAGAAUCGACUGCGGCGAGCCGACCAGGCUUGGCUGAAGCAAUCUCAAGCGCGACGUCAAAUGGGUGACAUUUAUGCAUUUGGUAUGGUGAUGUAUGAGAUCCUUUUCCGAGCGCUACCGUUCCCUAGCACAGCUGACAUUGACGAGAUUCUCGAUUACAUCCGUGACGGAAAGCGAACGUAUCGUCCGACAAUACAGGACAAAACGGAAAUCCAUCCUGACCUGACCGCACUGUUGCUCGACUGUUGGCAUGAGAACCCUGAACUUCGACCGUCAAUUCGACGAGUUCGACUCAAUACUGAGAAUUACUUGAAAGUGAGAGGCUCUCUUGUCGACCAAAUGAUGCGCAUGAUGGAGCAGUAUGCCAACAAUCUGGAGAAACUUGUCCAAGAACGUACUGGUAUGUUAGAGGAUGCGAAUGCACGAGCCGAUAAACUUCUUUCUCAACUUCUUCCAAAGUAUGUUGCAAAUGAACUGAAACUCGGCCGAUCGGUGCCUCCGAAAAUGUUCCAGUCAGCUACAGUUUUCUUCAGCGACAUUGUUGGUUUUACCACAAUAUGCGGGUCAUCUACACCUCUAGAAGUGGUCAACAUGUUGAAUGGAAUCUACACGAAAUUCGAUGAUAUCAUCAACAAACAUCAAUCGUACAAGGUGGAGACAAUCGGUGACGCGUACAUGGUUGUAUCCGGAAUUCCUGAAGAAAAUGGUACCAGACAUAUCAUGCACAUCUCCGACAUCGCUCUAGAGAUCAUGGAGGCGAACCGGAGAAGAUUCAAAUGUCAGAAAAUGCGCAUGACAUGCUUAGCCAAAUUCUAUCCAGAAUAUAAAACUGAGCUGAGAGGAACAGUUCAAGUGAAGGGCAAGGGAACGUGCAGCACGUACUGGCUAAUUGGUAGAGAUGGUAGAGAAACGCAUAGCAGCCCGAGAGAGGACGAGAGCCAGCGACGUGCAACUAUGGCAAGUCUUGGAAUGUAA